AUGAAAAAACAGAUCGAGUAUUUACUGGACAGACAACUGAUCCGACCAUCCACCUCUCCCUACGGCGCACCAGUUCUCUUCACACCAAAACCAGACGGCAGUUUAUGGAUGUGCAUCGACUACCGCGCACUGAACAAACAGACAGUCAAAAACAAAUACCCCAUACCGCGCAUCGACGACUUACUGGACCAACUGCGUGGUGCAACAGUAUUCUCGAAGCUGGAUUUACGGUUGGGUUACUGGCAGAUCAAGAUGGCGGACAACUCGAUCCACAAGACGGCGUUCCGUACGAGAUACGGCUCCUACGAAUACUUGGUGAUGCCGUUCGGACUCUGCAAUGCACCAGCGACGUUCCAGGCGGAGAUGAACCACAUCCUACGGCCCCUGCUGGACGAGUGCGUAGUAGUGUACCUGGACGAUAUCCUCAUCUACUCCAAAAACAUGAAGGAGCACGUGGAGCAUCUGCGGAAGGUGUUCGAGAUCCUGCGGAAAAAUAAGUUCUACGUGAAGCUGUCAAAGAGCGACUUCGCACUGAAGAAGGUGCAGUUUCUCGGGCACAUGGUGAGUGCCAAGGGCGUACACGUGGACCCGCGGAAAAUCGAAGCCGUUAAAAAGUGGAAGGUUCCGGAGAACGUGAAGGAGUUGCAGCAGUUCCUUGGCUUCGCCAACUACUACAACAGGUUCGUGCCGCAGUAUGCUAAGAUAGCAGCGCCACUGACCGACCUACUGAAAAAGGACACGCCCUUCAAAUGGGGUACUCCUCAUCAGCAAGCCAUGGAACAGCUACAGAAAGUACUGACCACAGCGCCAGUACUCAUCCUACCAGACCCCGAGAAGGACUACGUAGUUGAAGCAGACGCUAGUGACCAGGCAGUCGGAGCAGUACUGAUGCAGGAUCACGGGAACGGUUUACAGCCUAUCGCCUACCUCAGUAAGAAGUUACACGGAGCAGAACUGAACUACCCCAUCCACGACAAGGAAGCCUUAGCCAUAGUCGUAGCCUUCAAGGCGUGGAGGUGUUACCUUGAGGGAGCCAAGACCACAGUCUAUACAGACCACUGCAGUCUCAAAUACCUGAAGUCGCAGCCGACGCUCUCACGACGACAUGUGCGGUGGGUGGAUUUCUUGGAAACUCACUUCCACUACGACAUCGUCUACAAACUCGGGCUCCACAACAAAGCUGACGUGUUGAGCCGCCCUGGACAUGUAGCAGGCAUCCAACUCGACGGGAUGAACCCUCUCCUCAAGGGUCUAUUCCAACAUGGGUACUCCGUGGACGGCGAGAUAGCAACGGCAGAGAAACAGAAGCUGUUACAGUGGGAGAAAGACUUAGCGGUAAGGAAGGGUUCAGGAAAGAUUUGGGUACCGAACUACGCCCCGCUACGGCAGAUCCUAUUGGAGGAGUUCCAUGACGUACCAUAA